UUUUCGUGUGCUUGUUUUGCUUUGUCUUUGGAUGUACCGCUGUGCGUAAUGAUGCCCUGAGAACACCACGGUUCAGGUGCGUAAAAGGAGACAGCGCGUGGACGCCUUUACCUUUCCUUCAGGAGCUACACAGGAAGCUGCCGUAUCUCUCAUCUAUGGGGCUCCGUUUGGCUUUGAACCCAUUGUCCUACCCUUAAAGCAACUUUUAAGUGAUGUAUGCUCUGUAGAUGAAACGGCGCGCAAUCUCAAAGACCGACCGAAGCUGCUCUUUUUCUUUUUCUACUCCUGAUUCGCUUUAUGUUUGGCAGGAUAAAGCGAAUGGGAAUUACAAUGCAUCACCUCGCAGCGGUGGUCUUUAUUCUGACCGUGACUGGCAUCGCUAAAGGAUGGGAGUGCAGCCCAGCAUGCAACACGGAGAAUGGGUUUUGUGAGAAGCCAGGAAAGUGCAGGUGCAAACCCGGAUGGCAGGGGGAGAACUGUGACCGGUGCGUGGCGUUCCCCGGCUGCGUGCAUGGCUCCUGCGAGAAGGCCUGGCAGUGCGUGUGCGAGGAGGGCUGGGUGGGCAGCCUCUGUGACCAAGAUACGCGGCUGUGCUCCUCUAGCCCCUGCUCUGCCAACGCCACCUGCAUCGAGACAGGUGAGGGGGGCUACCUGUGCGUCUGUCCACACGGAUACACGGGGGACUACUGCCACCUGAAGAAGGGCCUGUGUGCGGAGAACAGAUCUCCCUGUCAGAAUGGUGGCACCUGCACGGCUGUGGAUGACUCUGCCCCCGCCUUCUCCUCCUGCGUCUGCCCCUCCGGCUUCUCGGGGGACUAUUGCGAGGUCAACAUGGACACCUGCCAGCCCAACCCCUGCCAGCACGGGGGCACCUGCUCCAACCACGGCCUGGCCUUCACCUGCCAGUGCCCGGGCAACUACACGGGCUUCACCUGCAACGAGACUCUGAACCUGUUACCCUGCGCCGGCCGACCCUGCGCCAACGGAGGCACCUGCGUUGGACAAACCGACGGAACAUUUAGAUGCGUCUGCCAAAAGUGGUUCACGGGUCCCACCUGCUCCCUCCAGCACAGGCCGAGGGUGCGUGCCAAGCCUGCCGCGCCCAAACCAGUCGAGCAUCGUGUUUUUUCGCUCACCCCCCAGCACUACUCGCUCCCGGCCCACGCUUUCCACAAGCUGCUUCGCCCGCCGGAACGUGACCUCCUGAAGAUCACCUUAAAGGAGACGGUGCACUCGCAGGGGGUACUGGUGACGCACGGGCAGCUGGUGUGCUUCGGUAUGCUGGCGCUGCUCACCUGCCUGGUAAUCCUGGGCACUACGGGCAUCGUGUUCUUCGGCCGGUGCGAGACGUGGAUGGCCAACGCGAAGUACAGCCAGCUGGUGAGGCAACAGAGAGAGAGCCUGCUUAAGGAGGCGGGGGGAGGAGGGCAGGAGGGGCAGGACGAGCCGGAGCACUCGGUCAACAUCAUCCUCCCCGAGAAGAUCAGGCUGAGCAGUUUCAACAGGCACUACACUUCCAUAUGAGUGUUUGGAUGACCACGUAUCAGUUAAAGGACCCGUGUUACGCUAUUUUCUGAUCUAUGUUAUAAUGUUACUUGUUUCCUGGAGUUGUGUUUUGUUUCAUUCACAUGUUUAACACACAAACUCUGCAUAUUUAGACUUAGACUUAGAGUUCUUCUUUCAAAUGGAAAGACCACUUUGCCACAUCCACUGGGUUUUUAAACUCCAUACACCUUCGCUAGAGUCAUUUGGAUCAUUUCAAGCUUUGAACUUUUAGCUUUUAACUUGAAAAUGACUGUUUCGUGACAUCACAAAGUGGAACGGAGCAUUUUGAGCUUUGGAGAAGAAGACAAACUAAUAAUAAAGGGUUACUCAAACGUGUGUGAUGAAACAAAAUGCAACUCCAGAUAUGUUUGUGAGGAUGUACAACAUUAUAACAUGGCUUAAAAUUCAUGUCUUUUAAAUUGUAACUUGGAGAUUUCUGUCAUCAUCACUGCAAUUUAUUGGAAAACUUCAAACAUUAAAACAAGGCUGGAUAAAAUUAGGCAAACUGAAGUAUCACAGGUAUCACAAAUGGGGAGUACAAACUUUUACCACUAAUAAUCUAUUGUGUAACAGUACUUUUACUUAAGUAAGUUUUGGCUACUCUUCCCACUGUGAGUAAAUCUACAAGUGUCAAAAGUUUUGUUGAUACUUGUAAAAUAGUUGAACAUAAAUAAUUAAUCAUUAUUAUAUAUAUAUUAUAAUCCAGACAGUUACUUACAAUAGGCUUCUCUUACUUGAGUUGUAGCUCCCCCAAUUUUUUACUCUUAAUUUUGGCAUUUCUUCUCAUGAUACCUCAGUGCUGAUCAGACGAAGUCAUUGCUUAAAUCCCACUGCUCUGUUUUCUUUAGUUAUUUUUUAACAAUACUCCGGAUGAUCACUUUAAAAUGUAUUGCGGUUCUAGUUGAAAAUGUUUGACACAUCAUACAUACUGUUUACUUUUACGCUUUAUUGUCGAUAUAUUUCCUUGUAGAUAGAUGCUUUUCUCAUGAUUUGCAUUGCUCUGGAUGCAUUAGUCCUGAUGGAGCUGCAUAUGAGAGUUCCCUAACUGUUGUGCAGUUGAAUGUGACUCAUUCCUUGGAUGAUUUAUGAAUGUAAUGUCUGCUCGUCCUCAAACAUCUUCUGUAAAAUAUGUAAAACCAUUUACCAAAUAGCAGUUGAAAAGAGAAGAUGUCAUUGUCAUUGUAUUUAUUUCCUACAAUGCUGCCUAUACCACAACAUGAUUCUGAUUUGGUUUAGCAGACAGCUGCAUUGUGCACAGAAGCCGCCGUACUUCCAGUAUUUCUGAAUGUACAUUGAAUGUGUCUUAUGUAUAACGCUGACAUGAAUGUUUCUAUGUCAGAUCAGAAGUUCAGACCAGAGUUCAUUUCACGUGACUAUGUGACUAUGACUACAAUUAUAUUUUAUUUAUUAUAUUUUUGUUGAUUAAAAGUUCAUAUUUUUAUUGACUUAAGAGUACUGAUAUAGUUUAGCAAUGAAAUUUAAACAUAAAUGAAAAAGAAAUGGUGUGGAGAGUAGAUCCAAGUUUCAGAGCCCCAAACCAUAAACAAACUCAAUAUAUAUUCAUAUUCUGCUGAUGCACUAAAAGACUAUGAAUAAGACUAGAAUUCAAAUAAAAUUGAGCAAACCAUCCAGUCCAGUCCACACCUGAAUGAAACAAAGAAUAGAGCAGCCAGAAAGACAUCUGCUCACAAAGAGUCUCUCCUGCCAAGCAGCCUACAGUUCUUUCAAAUACAAAACUACUCCAAGUCUCUGAGUGUAAAUAUAUUUAUACUUUAUAUUAUACUCCCAUUAAGUUUUCAAUUUCAGUCAUUUCCAAAGUCAUCAUAGUUGAAAUACUGAUAGGUGAUUGUAAACAAAACAUGUUAGAAAUGUAAGGUAUGUUUUUUUUGUUUUGUUUUGUUUUGUUUUUUGUAAAAUGUAAAUUAUUUUUCCUGUGCAGGACUGACCUGAUUUGAACAUACUGAAACACCAUGGGCAGCAGAUUGUAGCCUAUGUAAAAACAUCAGACAUAAUCUUCUUUGAGACUCCACAAACCCGGCACAUUUGAGUGUCAAUGUCAGUGUCAUAUAUUCUGUAUAAUCUCCCUGAAUAAUAUUGGACUUGUAAAUGCUGAGCAGAAGGUGAAGGGUGAGACUGGGCCAUGUCCAGUGGCUGUAGUGC